UCGUUCUGAUGGGCCGAUGGCACUAUAUAUAGCACAACCAAACCCACCGUAUUGGGUUUUAGAACAGUAAACAAAAACCCCAAAUCUGAGAGGAAGAAAUUCAUCGCCAUUGACGAUGGCCUCAGCAUUUUUGAGGAAAUUUCGCCUCCACGCGUACUAUUCUAUCAAUUCUCAACUGCUCUCCUCCAGAUUUCACUCUUUUUCCGAUAAAGUAAUCCAGAAUUCACCCCUUACUUCUCUCUCGCCGGAAAUGCACGCUGGCAAUCAGUACAAAUUGCCCCCUGCUUUUGCUUUUUCGAUCAAUCAUCGCUUUUUGUGCACGAAAACCAAUGAUCCGAGUGUUAACCAAUCUUCAAGUUCAAAUGUGAACGAGACGCCGUCGAGUGGAUCGGCCGAUGGAAAUUCUGAAAAUACAAACGAUGGAGGACAAAGUUCUGGUGGGUCGCAGAAUUCUUCUCAACAAGGAAAGUCUAUCCGAGGAGGGCCUGUUUCAUGGAUGAGCUUUUUUCUGCUACUUUGUACUGGAGCGGGAUUGGUCUUCUACUAUGACCGGGAAAAGAAGCGGCAUAUUGAAGGUAUAAGUAAUGCUUCAAAUGCUGUAAGACAGGGACCUUCUGUCGGGAAGGCGGCUAUUGGGGGUCCAUUUAACCUAAUUGACCACAAUGGGAAAUCUGUGUCUGAUAAAAACUUUUUGGGUAAAUGGAACGUGCUUUACUUUGGGUUCACUCACUGCCCUGAUAUAUGCCCAGAUGAGCUACAAAAGCUGGCAUCGGCAGUUGAUAAAAUAAAAGAGAAGUCUGGAAUAGAAGUAGUGCCAGUCUUCAUUUCAGUCGAUCCGGAAAGAGAUACUGUUGAACAAGUCCAUGAGUACGUAAAAGAAUUCCAUCCGAAAUUAAUUGGACUCACAGGUUCCACGGAUGAAAUCAAGAAGACCGCGCGUGCUUAUCGUGUGUACUAUAUGAAGACCGAAGAAGAAGGUUCAGAUUAUCUGGUUGAUCACUCUAUAGUCAUGUACCUGAUGGAUCCAAAUAUGCAAUUUGUGAAGUUCUUUGGGAAGAAUUUCGAUGAUGCUUCACUCGCAGAUGGAGUAAUUCAGGAGAUAAAGCAGCACAAAAAAGUCAAAGUAUAGUACUGUUGCAUUUUUCUGCUCCAAAAAACUUUAGAUCUUCGAGUUUUGAGCUUACGUUUUGCAUUGCAUUGAUAUUCUCUUUAAGAGAGAACAAAUUGAGGCUGCAAGAGCUCUGUAGUUUAUAGCCUUUAAUAAUACUCGAACUGGCAAAUUGAAACCAGAGGGCAUGUGCCAUGUGCCAUCCGCCAUGUGAACGGGAUUUUUUUUUAUGAAGUGAAGAUCUCAAUUAGGAAAUUU